AUGGUUAUUGCGGGAGGGCUACCGGGGCGGAGACGAAGCGGAGACUCGACGUCGACUCGGUCAUUAUUGCGUUGUAUAAGGACCCAGGUCGUUUUGAACACACUCAAUUUGAUGCAAGUUGUGACUUGUCCCGGCCCUUGCACGCAAAGCCUCCGCCCGGUUGACCCUUCUUCUACCGACCCUCUUUACCGAUGUAGAACCGCCGACCCAGCGGAAAGCGCAGCGUGGUGGAAAAUUGGAUUACCCAAAUCAACCUAUGUAAGUAUCUCGCGGCCCGACGUCCACGAGCACGGCAGACCUGAACAGGGCGACGCUGCGUCCGUCUCCCCAACUAUAAGUGGUAACCCUACCAACGCGCGCCUGAAUUUCGAGAAAGACAUCGGCCUCCGUCAGGCUCCCCAACUAAAACCAGUAACCCCGAUGCUCAGAUCGUCUGAGCUCAUGGAAAAACUUGAAUAUGCAUGUGGUGCGGAAGUCAUAAAUGGAAUGCAUAGAUGGGGCAAGCCAUAA